UCUUAAUCCACAAUUAAACUUCAGAUAACAUGAUGCAACAUUCAGUCCUUUCCGGACCAAAGUGAGAUCUAAUCUCUUAUCUCUCACUAAAAGACAAAAACAAUCACGAGAACAUACACCUCUUUCCCUUGUUCAAAAUCUAAUCCUUGUCCAUGGAAGACUCUCCUCUCUUCUCCUCAGAUCUCUCCUAAAAUCCACUUACACACACAAAACAAAAGCUAUGUCUUACCUUCUCCGCUCCGAUCCCGUCUCUCGGAUCCACCCGGAGCCUCAGCCCUCACACGACACCGACCACUUCGACCAUCUCCCCGACUCCCUCCUCCUCCUCAUCUUCGACAAAGUCGCCGACGUCAAAGAUCUCGGCCGCUGCUCCACCGUCUCCCGCAGAUUCCACUCCCUCGUCCCUUUCGUCGAGAACGUCCUCGUCCGCGUCGACUGCGUCAUCUCCGACGACGAUCCCAACUCCUCCUCCUCCGACGACGAUCGUCGCUUCUCUCUAAACACCGCGUCGAUCUCCGACGCCUCCGCCGGCGGCUCCUUCUCCGCCUUGUUCCGCCUCGUCUUCGCUCCGAUCUUCAAGCCAUUCCAAGCGCUCGGGCAGUUCCUAGGACCGAGACGGUCAUCGUCCCUCGACGAUGAGGCUGAUCAGAGCGGUGACGUCACGCACCACUCUCCCACGCAGGUUUUGAAAAACUUCGCUGAGAUUCGGUUUCUGAGGAUCGAACUCCCGACGGGGGAGUUAGGGAUCGAAGACGGUAUCUUGCUCAAGUGGAGAGCUGACUUCGGAUCCACGCUUGACAACUGCAUGAUCCUCGGCGCGUCUUCCGUGACGUCAGAUCUCGAGAGUCCUCUUCUUGAUGACCAAGAAGACAAUGGUAACAUACCUGAGUCGUUUUACACCAACGGGGGACUUAAGCUCCGUGUUGUCUGGACCAUCAGCUCCUUAAUCGCUGCUUCUGCUCGCCAUUACCUUCUUCAACCCAUUAUAACCGAGCACAAGACGUUAGAUCGUCUUGUUCUGUCUGAUGCCGACGGGCAAGGUGUCCUGUCUAUGAAUAGGGAACAGCUUGAAGAGCUUAGGGUGACUCCUCUGUCGGCUUCUUCUGCUUCGAAGAGGACGCUUGUGCCGGCUUUGAAUAUGAGGCUGUGGUAUGCGCCGCAGUUGGAUUUGCCUGAUGGUACGGUUCUGAAAGGUGCGACGUUGGUGGCUAUUAGGCCGAGCGAGUCGAAGAAGGAGGUGUGUGAUGCUUCUUGGUUGUCUGAUGCGUUUGAGGAACCCUUUGGGACCGCGGCGAGGAUGUUGAUUAAGAGGAGAACUUAUUGUCUGGAGAUGAACUCCUUUUGAUUUGGGCACUAUGACGGUUUCAGAUAGAGAGAGCAAGCAAAGCCACAUAUAUUGGAGAAUGAAGGGAAGAAAUAGAAAGAUCACAAAUGUACUAAAUUGCAACAACUCUCUCUGGCUUUUGAUGCAAAGGAGUUUCCAAUCGUAACUACAAGUGAUGCAGGAUUAAGGAGUUUCUUGUGAAACUGAAGUACGCAAUUGUAUAUAAACCCCUUGUAAAAGAAGAAUGUGAAUGAGCAAGAACAUGUGUUUUGUGGUCUGUGUUUAAAGGCUUUAAAGGACAUGUUAGGAUGGGAAGGACUUACGUUACAUAAGAGUUUGUAAUAAAUUAUUUACAGCUUUAUUUCGAUGUUUUUUUUUGCUUAUCAUCUCCCUCUGUUUUGAUCUAUGCACUCGUUUGAUUUUGUGGUUUGCAUAUAA